CUACAUAUUGAAGCAAGAAGAUUACAAGACUUUGUUGUACUUUUACAUCGUUUAGUUUCCAAAGAAAUUUCCUUCACUGCAGAGAAGGCCAAAAACAUUGAAUCAAAAACCAAUAAUACCCUGUAAUCCUGUAUGCGCACUUCCAAGUUCUAAGUGCAUUUAAUAAUAAAAUUGUCACACUAUGACAAAUUUGAACAACUUCAACGUGAUCACAGUCACAGAUGAAGAGAAAAUACAAGUUCAACAAGAGUGGAUUUCAUCCACAAACCCCAUCAAGGCACAAGAUUCAAGUUCAAGCUUUCCAAACGCAACACUGGCGGGGAAGGUCUUCAAGAUUCUUUUCUACCUUAACCUGCUCCUAAUUGCAGCAUUGGUGAUUUCCCUCACCAUCUAUGGCCUUGUCUAUGCCUUUCACAACCACCAUUUCCACCCAAAGCAGUGGUACCCUCCACUCCUAAUAGCAACAUUAUGUGGUGGAAUUGUUGGUUUCACAUGGCAAUGGAUUACAGCUAGGACUCCAACAAAGGCUAUUAGAGCAGCAUUUUGUCUGAGUCCCUUUCUUUCAUGUGCAAUGGGGGUUAUGUUUGUAUACAUUGGAUCUGCACCAAGUCUUGCUGUUGGUAUUGUUGCUUUGGUUUCUGCAUUAAUUCAAUCUCUUUAUGGUUGUUGGGUCAGUCCUAGAUUUGAUUAUGCAAAGAGAAUCUUGUCAGUUUCAAUAGCUGAUCCUCCUGCCAAAAGCAUGAGGUGGGCAUUCUAUUCAACCCUCAUUGGUGUUCUUUAUUGUUGUUUUUUGGUGUGUGGAAUUGGAGGAGCUAGAGCAAUUGAAAACAGAACCAUGCUAACUGCGUUGCUCAUCUUGGUGAUCCUUCUGAGCCUGGGGUGGACCAUGCAAUUUUUGAAGAAUGUGUUGCAAGUUACCAUUUCAAGGGUGAAGUAUAUGCACUUAUUUGGGGGAGAAAUCAUGGACACAAGAGUGGCAUUGCAUGACACAGUUAACUACCAAACUGGAAGUGUUUCCCUUGGCUCCAUUCUUGUGCCCUUUAUCUCACUCUUCAGGGGUUUUGCAAGGUCAACAAGUCUGAUUGGAGGAGAUAAUGGUGAAGUCAUGUUUUCAUGUGUUAGUUGCUACAUGGGUAUUGCAUCACUUCUUGUAACCCGUGGAAACAGAUGGGGUUUUGUGCAUGUUGGAGUUUAUACAAAGGGGUUCGUGCAGGCAUCCUCUGACACUUGGGACAUUUUCAAUAGGGCUGGUUUGGAACAACUCAUAGACUUGGAUCUCACUGGCUCAUUUUGUUUCCUUAGUGGAAUGGCAGGGGGUGCAAUGUGUAGCCUAGUGAGUGGAAUUUGGAGCAUAGUAAUACACAAGAGCUAUGCUACAGAAAUAUCCAUUUAUGCUUUCUUAAUUGGUUACUUCAUGUUUCGGUUGGCAAUGUCAUGGCCACAAGCAUGUGUUUCAGCUUACUAUGUUGCCUAUGCAGAGAAUCCACAGAGCACUCAAUUUGACUGCACCAUCCCUGUACGUUUGGAGCAGCUUCAGAGAUAUCAAGCUUAGAUAACAAUCAUAACAUUGACUUAAUGAAUUUCUUGUUUAAUGAAAUGCUGAAGGAACACUAAAUCCAGAAGGGCAUAUUAGUAUAUUACCCUAAGAUAACUUGCUGAUACAAAUUACAAUGUUGGAAACAAUUUUGAUAAUGUACAUAAAGGUUUAAUUUUGAUGUAGUCUUCAAUUAUGAUUAAAUU